AUGGCGACGUGGUUCCAGAAGGAGAUCGUGCUCACGGCGCCCAGCCGCGGCUUCCACCUGGUGACGCGCGAGGUCGAGAAGCAGCUCCCGGAGCUUUAUCGCGUCAAGGUCGGCAUGGCCAACCUGUUCAUCAAGCACACGUCUGCGUCGCUCAGUAUCAACGAGAACUGCGACCCGGACGUCCGGACCGACAUGGAGGGCGCGUUCAACCGCAUCGUUCCGGAAUCGUGGAACAAGGAGUUUUUCCGCCACACGGACGAAGGCGACGAUGACAUGCCGGGCCACAUCAAGUCGACACUGAUCGGCGCGUCAGUGAACAUUCCGAUCACGAACGGCAAGUUCAACCUCGGCACGUGGCAAGGAAUCUACUUGUGCGAGCACCGCAAUGUCGGAGGCUGGGGCUCUGGACACCAGCGUAAGGUUGUCGUCACCAUCCAGGGCUCGACGGCUUAA